GUAACAAUCCAGCGGUUUAAUUACGCAGAUCCUUUUAUCUGCGGAUAGCUCCAGCCGAAUGUACUCUUCCUUAGCUCGAUGGAAUGUUCCUUUGAUCAAGACUAUGAGUGGGUCGAACUUUUGGACCCUAAAAGCCAACGGUCGAUGUAUGUCAAUUUAUCAUCAGGAGAAUGUUGCUGGGAGCCUCCUUCUAACACUCAAAUCAAACCUAUGUCUCCUAAUCAGUGGUGGGAACUGUUCGACGUCAAAGCUCAACGGAACUACUACUACAACAACAGCUCUGGUGAGACCGUCUGGCAACGACCUGUGCAAGGCGAUAUUGUUCCCCUGGCCAAUCUGCAGGUCCUUCAGCAAAACCUUCGGGGGCUCCCAGCGAACGCAUCAACUAAUGAUAUAAAUCUUCGCCAAAUCGCCCACAUAAACGCAGAAUCCAUUGGCACUAACAGACGUGUGCACCAUCGGAAACUCCCAACUUCGAUUCCAGAAACAGUUUCACGAAAUAAUGUGGAUUUACCUCAUCUUUUGAAUUUCACUCGAACUCACGGACAAAGUUCACAAAUGGCUGUCGUGGACAGCCAGCGAGUACGUGAUUGGUUGUUGGAGACAGAUAUGGAAUGUAAAACACCUGUUUUACCAGGAUCUAAUGAAUCGACUAAUCCUAAGAGUUCCGGAUGUUUUUCUGAUCGACCAACUCGCCGCCUCCAUCAGUUGCCUGUUGUAGUCACAGCGGCCUCUCCAACUUUGCCCGAAUUAAACCCUUUUUCUACUCACUUGCCUGAGCCUACUGAAGAGUCUAUCCAUUUCCGCGAAGGUGACUUCAAGGUUACUUGCAACGGGCUAUUACCCUCCGGGCUGAACGGGAACAUUUGCUUCACACCCGUUGCACGAAGUGGCCCUCAGUUUACUCAUGUUCCAAAUUCCCCUACCAGUUAUCCACUGUCCGCCGUUUCCCCACUGUGGCCUCGGAACCAUUCGCCCGCUGUCUCUAUGGGAGUGGUCCACAAGACUGAUUCUGAAUCGCCCAUGGAUGAAGCGGAGCACAUCGAUUCUCUCGAUCACUCCUAUUUGCCAUUAUGUUCUACGAACCAUUGUUACGGACUGGUCGGUCUCCCGAGCCAGUCUAACCGACAAGCUCCACAACCAUCCAGUGCACGCAAUAUGCCAUCUUUACCGUUAGCUGAUUACUCUCUUGGUUCUCGUCAACGGGCCUUCCCCCGUACCAACCCAACAGUCUCUCGUUCGUCAACUGCCGCCGGAUUCAUAGGGCCCAGGUUUUACUUGGCCACUACCAUGGAUAGUCAGUCUCGCCCGAAACCUUGCACAAUGUCAUUGAACACAAGCGAACCUGAAGCCACAUCCACCGCACAUUUUACUGCAACGGAGCCCUCUCCUGCCACAGCCUUCCGACCGUGUCAUCCAGAGCUUACGAUUUCAUACUCUAAUCAGAGUGCGCAACGUGGACAGUCUUCAGACGCCUUCGGUUCGUUAUCAGAUGCACUUCGGGAUCUACAAAAGCCCGAUCUUUCAGUUUCAGAGCAUUCAAAUCUUCAGGAAGUACCUAGUCCCAUUUCAGGUUCCCCUGAGCCUUCUUCGGCUUCAUCUUCCUACUCAAGAUCUUCUUCGGAAACUGCUUUGACUAAUACCAGUUCCUGUAGGAGUGGUGAUUACUUGUCAGAUCCUAAGCCAGACGCUUCGCAGGUUACUGAUUUUGCUUCAGUUAACCAAAUGGUCCCCUCCUUGGUCGAGCACUUUAAGGAUGGACACGACUUCUUUUUCGACCCGAACUCACAGACACCUGACUCCAGCCGUUUGGUGGAUUCUAUUGGUUCUAACGCACUCAGAGGUGACACUCAAACAUCGGAGCAGCCUCCGGUUCCUCCUCCCCGCUCAGCUUCCACUAUAGGAUCCACCCGGUCACCAACGGAUGGUGGCGUAUUUGGGUUAUCAGAAGACUUCCAACAUUUUCUUUGUUUUGAUCACGGGAUCCCCACGCAUCCGUAUACGUCUUCCGAUCAGCGCCCUUUAGUGUACUACACCCCUAGACUUCAGUACUUCAUACCGACUCCUGUAAUCUCCAGCAACAUGUUCUCUGUGGGCGGGAUGAACGCCGUUUCAUCGCUCUCGCGAAAUGAUCCCAUGCGCGCCCAUGUUAUACCGCCUAACCACCGCCGACUUCCACCGUUUCAAAACCAAUGCCGUUCCAAUUUCACACUGGUGGAGCCUUCAGCCGCUUCUUAUUUGCAAUCAUCUGAUGACACCUUUUCCCAAUGUACAACCAGCGGUACUUUAAGCACGUCUUCAAUAGCACAUUUGUUGGAAACUUCUGCUGCUCCGUUUCUAGAUAUAUCUACCGGGUGCAACUCGAGUGCCGGUACUCCUGGAGCUGUGUCGACCUCAACUACUAUAACAUGGGCUUCUCAUUCAACGACUAACUUGGACGCUCCGAUCAAAAAACAAACCUCUCGACAAUCUUGUGCAUCCUCGAACAAUGAUCAAUGUGCGAAUUUACUUGAUGCGAACGACUCAGGGAAUGUAGUGAGACGCUCCCCAUCCGGCGGUUUUAUCGGACCCGAAGACUCAACCGAUAGCUCCGGAGUGUCCACUACAGAAAUUACACACAUCAAUCAGUCACUGCGCCGCCCUCCUUUAUUUACUCUUGUUUAUCCUGGACAUCCCGCUUUUGCCGCUUUCAUUUCACCAUUUGAUUGGCCGAAAGAGUUGUUUGGACCGGAACAAGAUAUUGCCACCCUUAUGUCGUGGACCAAGGCGAAGUUUUCAAAGCGAAUUCUUGCCAACACUGAUGCCAGCAUGAAGAAACAAGUGGCCGAUAUGUUUAAAAGCAUGCGAAACUUUUCUCUGCUUUAUCUCGAACCUGACUCAACAUUUUACCUGUGCGAUUAUCCAUGGGCAAUCUACCUGUACUUGUGUCUGUCUACGCGCAUUAAUCGUGUAUGCCCAUUGGUCCUCUCACAUCGGUGCACAUCUGGACACCCGUUUUUCUUCUGUGGUUUCUUUCGCCUAUGCUGUUCUCUGGCGCUGUUGUCGAACACUGUAACGAGGUGGCCCGGACAGAUCCGCAUGUCUCCCUCGCAUUACUUCACCUUAUUAGUUGUUCAAUGCUUCAUGGGUGACCACAAAGCACGCCUUAGUCUACCAGAUUAUGGUUCGAUUAUUAUUCAUCGCGCUUUGAAUUCUGUCAGCCUACGUGAUGAGUUAUACGCUCAGUUAUGCAAGCAGACUACCUGCAAUCCGGACAUCAGGAGCUUGACAAAUGGAUGGGCUUUGCUCUGCAUUUGCCUGUACUAUUUUCCACCGAACAACAAGUUUCGCGACCCUCUCGGGGCGUACUUGAGUUCACGUGCGGAAGCCAGUGCAGCCGUAGCGUGCUCGAGCCAUACAUCCGAAAAGCGGGUUCCGAAACAAUUGAAAUCGAGUUUAGAAGCGGCAGCGGCAAUCGCUUCCGGGCUCAGUCCGAUAAAUUUUGGCACUGGUGUAUCGUCUGACACCAUGGAAAGUAUAGACAAUGUUUCUCACGAUGGACUGAACGGCCUGGUUGAUUUAACGAAUGUUUCUCCGACUGCUAUCAUUACCCACUCUUCUGAUUUCUCCAUGGGCACCUGCGAUCGUCCCACUGCUGCACACUUCGCCCGCGUCGCUAUGCGUUGGUUCACAAGGUCAUUGAAUGUUGGAUGCCGGAGAUCUUUGGAAGCGCCCUCUGUAGAUGAAAUUUGCCAUGUGAAGGAGUUCAUUCUGAAACCAUGUGUAUUCGGGAGCUCCAUGACAGAGAUUAUGCGGCUGCAGUCGUACAGGUUCCCUCACCUCAAGUUGCCAUGGAUUCAACUGUUUCUCACGGAAGAGCUGCUUCGGUUAAACGGUUCUCAAACCGAAGGUAUUUUCAGACUCUCUCCCGAUUUUGACGUGAUUACCGAAAUUCGGUGUCAGCUGGAAAGGCUGUUUGAAGUCUUUCGCGUUAUCCCAACAAGUGCACAAGAAUACGGUUCACUAAAUCUUUCAAACACUAAUUCAGCAGAUCGAUUUAUUAUCGUGCGCCCUCCACCUCCUGGCUGGCUCUAUGCACCUCCAGCACCUAAUCCACCCGGAGCAGAAAUUAACCACGUUUCUUGCUCAACAACGUCUUCCUCCUCCUCCCCCAGUUUCCCGGAGGCUGUCCAGCUGACCGGCGACUAUUCCUGGCCCAUGUUGCCGAUUCCACUGGGUUCAGCUCCUUCGGACUAUGUCUUGUUGACCCCAACAUCUCACUGGCCCCGCAGCCUUUUAGCCAUGGCCAAGCGCAGCCCAAUGCGUUUCACCAAUCACCAAGUUGAUGCGCACCUCGCUGCCGGUCUGCUCAAACUGUGGUUACGUGAGCUUGCGGAACCUCUGAUACCCAUUCCUUUGCAGCCGAUUUGUCUUAAGGCCGCACUUGAGGCGGAAGCGUUUGAAUCGCUGACGGAGAAGCUCACCGAUCCCACGGAUGCGUUGAAUCAAACCAUCUUGAACCCCAUAAAGGCUUGUUGCCAUUUGGUUCGCCAAGUUCCUCCACUUGAACGACGUUCUUUACUGUACCUUAUUCUAUUGCUGCAGCACCUGGUAAAGCCUGACAAUGCCGCUGUCUCCCUCAUGGAUCCAAAAAACCUGGCCACAGUGAUAGCACCGAAUCUGAUGCGGUCGUCGACAACCGAUCCGCAAGUAAUGUUGGAUAACAUUCGACCACAGACACUAUUCGUCAGAUUGCUCAUCUCCCAUUUGAAUGUGGACGAGGAAGUUGCACACUUGUUGACAACGACGCCGCAGGCACUGUAUGUGUGAUCUAUUGCGAACUGGUUGGGGCCAACCAUCCCAAUGAAUUUACUAUUGGCUCAACUUCGUCUUUCAUUAUUCUACCGUCCUCCGGCACUUAGUAUUUUUGGAGCCCGCUGUGAUCAAUGACAAGAAUACUCCCCACUUCAAGGCUGCUUCAAUUUUUUUAGUCCAGUUGUUGUUGUUGUUGUUGCAUUAGGCCGUGUCAGCAUUAUUUUCCUUUUGCCUCAUUUUUGCCGCUGUGUGUUUGAUAACUUGGAAGCGCCCACUUAACGUACAACCUUUUGCUCUCUACAGAGGAUCACACUUUGACAUUUCUGUUCCCUUUCUGCGCGUGCAGACUUGUUCAGUAUUUUUCGUUUUCAGCUGUGUUUUGGGCCAAAAUCCUUACGCAUUUUCACAGUUACCUAGUUCAAAUUUAUCUACUCUACUUGGGUCGUUUUUUGCUAAUUUGUUAUUUCUCGUUCAGAUGGUUCUGUAAUCUUUUUUACAUUGGAUUUCGCUUUCUUCCGCAUUAUCACAUACAACCACGCACGUUGCUGACGUAAUUUGGACCCUCGUCGUCACAUUCUCUUUCGCUGCCUCCAUCCCCUCUCCUAUAGUGCCUCGCAUUGGAUGUAACCAAGGAAUUCCUCAUUUUCUGACACCAAAUAAUUACCUCUUUACAGC